GUGGCCGCCCCCGUGGUGCACGCCGCCCCCGCCAUCGCCGCCGCCCCCGCCGUCGCCGCCGUCGCCGCCCCCGCCGCCGUGGGCUACGCCCGCUACGGCGGUCUGGGCUACGGCGCUGGUCUGGGCUACGGCGCUGGCCUGGCCUACGGCGCCGGCCUGGGCUACAGCGGCCUGGCCGCUCCCGCCGUGGGUCUGGGCUACGAAUUCCUCGCCUUCCGCAGCAUGUUCCCGAGACUACCACAACUCUUUGUUGAACUUUCAUAAAACAUCUGUUGUUUGCACACCAUCUUCACAAAAAAGUCUGAAUAUUUAUUUCCAUCUUACUUCUUCGUACAAAAUGUGAAUAAAUUAUUUUAAAACUUUU